CCAAAACGAGGACGACCGGAAAUACACUAAACCGGCGUGAGAUCCGAAGUUGUCAAGUCAUUGGGAUAAUAAUAAAACAUUUCAGCUGAAUAUAACGCCAACAAAAUGAAGAUGAACAUAACUUCAGCAGCUGGGGUUAUCUCCCUGCUGGAUGAACCAGAACCACAGUUAAAGGUGUUUGCUUUAGAGAAACUAGAUAAGAUCGUUGAUGUCUUUUGGGCAGAGAUUUCUGAGGCUGUUGAUAAGAUUGAGAUUCUGUAUGAAGAUGUAGCUUUUAAAAACAAAGAACUGGCAGCUCUGGUAGCAUCAAAGGUGUAUUACCACUUGGGAGCUUUUGAGGAAUCUCUGACAUACGCCCUCGGAGCUGGUGGUCUCUUCAAUGUUAAUGCCACCACCGAAUAUGUGGAGACCACAAUUGCCAAGUGUAUUGACUUCUACACAAAAGGCAUGCAGGGAAACACAGACAGACAUGGAGAUGAUAAAAAAGACAUUGACCCCCGCCUGGAGGCCAUCGUUAACCGGAUGUUCCAGCGGUGUUUUGAUGACAAACAGUACAAACAGGCUGUCGGUAUAGCACUGGAGACACGUAGGAUUGACAUCUUCCGAAGAGCCAUCCUGGAAAGUGAUGAUGUAGCAGCCAUGUUGUCCUACAGCUUGAAGGUGUGUAUGUCCCUGAUACAACAUCGUCAGUUCAGGAACGAGAUCCUUACAGUACUGACUAAACUCUACAUGGAACUUGGCACACCCGACUACAUCAAUGUCUGCCAGUGCUACAUUUUCUUGGACGAUCCCCAGUCAGUGACUGAGAUCCUGGAAAAGUUGAUGCAAGGAUCUGAGAAUGACAUCCUGAUGGCGUACCAGAUCGCCUUUGAUUUGUACGACAGUGCCACUCAGCAGUUCCUCCUGCGAGUCGGCAACGGACUCCGCACCUCAGUAACUGGGACGGAGAAAGGACGAAUUGUUACCACAGUGUCAGAUGCUAAGGAGGAGGAGAAAGAUGGAGAAUCUGGAGAGGUACAGCUUGGCAAGGUCGAACCAGAGAGUGAGGCUGAUGUGAAAGUACAGGACAACAUGAUGAAGCUGAAAAAUAUAUUGUCAGGGGAUGUAACUAUCAACCUGCAUCUCCAGUUCCUCAUCCGUAACAACAAGACAGAUAUGCUCAUACUGAAAAACACAAAGGAAGCCGUACGUAACUCCGUUUGUCAUACAGCUACUGUCAUCGCUAACUCAUACAUGCACUGUGGAACAACUUGUGAUCAAUUUCUCAGAGAUAAUUUGGAAUGGUUAUCAAGAGCAACAAAUUGGGCCAAAUUUUCAGCUACUGCCAGUUUAGGAACGAUACACAGGGGUCAUGAAAAAGAAGCACUUAAUUUAAUGUCAACAUACUUACCCAAAGAUUCCGGCCCAGGAUCAGCUUACUCAGAAGGAGGCGGCUUAUAUGCUCUAGGUUUGAUCCAUGCGAACCAUGGAGGAGAGAUUACAGAUUAUUUAUUAAACCAGUUAAAAGAUGCAUCGACAGAUAUGGUUAGACAUGGAGGGUGUUUAGGUGUUGGACUGGCUGCUAUGGGAACCGCUAGACAAGAUGUUUAUGAACAACUUAAAUUUAACUUAUACCAAGAUGAUGCUGUGACAGGUGAGGCAGCCGGUCUGGCCAUGGGUCUGGUAAUGUUGGGAACUAAGUCAGCCACCGCCAUUGGAGACAUGGUCUCGUAUGCCAAAGAAACGCAACAUGAGAAGAUCCUGCGUGGGUUGGCUGUAGGGAUCUCAUUAACUAUGUAUGGACGGCUAGAGGAAGCCGACACACUCAUAGAAAGUCUCUGUCGGGACAAGGACCCCAUCCUCAGAUGGUCCGGCAUGUUUACCAUCGCCAUGGCGUACUGCGGCUCUGCAAACAACCAGGCCAUCAGGCGGCUUCUACAUGUGGCAGUCAGUGACGUAAAUGAUGAUGUAAGAAGAGUAGCAGUGACCUCCCUUGGAUUCCUGCUGUUCAGAACACCUGAGCAAUGCCCAAGUGUAGUGUCACUGUUGUCGGAGAGUUACAAUCCGCAUGUACGCUUCGGAGCGGCCAUGGCCCUUGGGAUAGCCUGUGCUGGAACCGGACUAAAGGAAGCUGUGAGCCUUUUGGAGCCGAUGAUAAAUGAUCCAGUCAAUUAUGUCCGCCAGGGGGCGCUCAUCGCACUUGCUCUGGUAAUCAUCCAACAGAAUGAGGUCACCUGUCCCAAGGUGAACAACUUCAGAACACUGUUCACUAAGAUCGUCGCUGACAAGCACGAUGAUGUAAUGGCUAAGUUCGGAGCCAUCCUCGCCAAGGGCAUCAUGGAUGCUGGUGGACGGAAUAUGACAGUGUCCUUACAAUCGCGGACAGGCCACACCAACAUGGAGGCCGUAGUGGGAAUGUUGGUGUUUACCCAGUUCUGGUUCUGGUACCCACUUACACACUUCAUGUCCCUGGCAUUCUCACCCACCUGUCUCAUCAUGCUUAACGAGGACCUCAAGAUGCCCAAAAUAGAGGUGAGGUCUGGGGCUAAGCCAUCUCAGUACGCCUACCCCGCCGCCCUGGAGGAGAAGAAAGACAAAGCUAAGGAGAAGGUGGAGACCGCUGUUCUCAGUAUCACUGCCAAACAGAAGAAAAAGGAUGAGAAAAAGGACAAAACCGACUCGGACAAGAUGGAAGUCGAUGAAGAUGAAAAGGAGAAAAAGGAAGAAGAAGAAAAGGCUGAAAAAGAGAAAGCAGAAAAGGAGAAGGCAGAAAAAGAAAAAGCAGAAAAGGAGAAGAAAGAGCCAGAACCUAACUUUAUGAUGUUGUCUAACCCAGCACGUGUGAUGAAGGCUCAACUUAAGGUCCUAACUCUCCCUGACGGCCGAUACGUCCCUGUCAAAGAUGUGUCUAAUGGCGGUAUCAUCAUGCUGAGUAACACCAAGCCAGAGGAACAGGAGGACAUCAUAGAGCCUGUUGCUGCUGGUGGGCCAAAGACUGAGGAGGAAGAGGAACCCGAACCCCCAGAGCCAUUCGAGUGGACCGAAGAUUGACGAGUCACAUAGGAGUCAAUUAACAGAUGACUGGAUAUUGACCUGGAACGAAAUUUCAUGGGAUUAUAUUUAGAAGUCGUUUUUAGUGUUUUCAUUAAUUUAAACAGUCAAUAAAAUUAACUCAUUUGUUUUUAUUUGAAGUAAAGAAAUAGAACUUCCUUAAAGAAAAAAAUGUCUACAAAGUGCUUUAUUCAAACGGAGAGUACCACGCUGGAUUACUUGUGGAAGAAGAUCGUACUGAUGCCUACAGCUACACAAUAGAUGUGGUGGACAAAAUAUGGACAAAUUAAUUAGUGACUACAUAACGAGUAGAUCAUAUAACAAUGUAUAUGUAUAACAUAUAGAUAAAUUACACUAACGAAGGUAAGUCAAUCAGCUACUUCCAAAAUAAGGAGAGUAGAUAAAAAAUUACCGGACUUAAACAUCAGAUUCGGCUAUAACUGCCUGGCAUGAUCUUUUAAUUGAUGUUGUCUCCAAUUAUUGUGACAAAUAAAAUCUUCUCACUUAA